CAUGCAUGGCUAGCUCCAACUAGAAUGUCAUAUUUAAUCAGUCUCGAAAUCAACAGAUAGGGUUAUCUCCUAUUAAAAUAUAGUGCAGACUUUUCUUGGAUGCUGCUAGCACGUUGGGCCACAUUAUUAUGUUUGUACAACAGCUGAAGGCACCUCUCAUUCUCGUGGGAUGUAAAUUGGAUCUUAGGAACGAGCAACAACAGGUGGCUGAGAUCUUCUACUAUGCCCAAGAGGCUGUGAUUCACCCAAUAGACCCUAUAUUUGAUUAUGAGACUCAAUUUCUAAGGCCACGGUGUGUGGCGGCUUUGAAUCGAAUAUUUUCCUUAUGUGACCGUGAUGGGGAUGGAGCACUCAGUGAUGUGGAGUUCAACAAGUUUCAAGUUCGUACUCAUUGAGAGAUUCCUAUUUCCUUUAACUGCGCUACAACAGAAUAUAAUUAGUUAAUUACUAUGUGUGUAAUCAAGCUUUUUCAAUAUAGUUAAACAUAUAUAUAACCUUUUUCUUUGUCUCCAAACUCAUUUAUCUUCCUUAUCAUAGUAUCUUUUACGGUCAUGCUGCCGUUAGUGUUU